GGGAGGGGCGGCGGGGCGGGGGCCUCCGGAAAAACGCCCCAACUUCCUGCCCCGCCAGAGCCAGGAAGCGGGAGCCGGGACGCAGGGCCCGGGAUCGCCGAGCCCGACCUCGGGCGCCCCGCCGGUCACGUCCCCGCGCGGACUCCAGCCCUGUGGAGCCCAUGGAGGCAGAGGACAUCACCCGCGGGCUGGCCCCAGGACCACCGCGGCCUGGCCUGGUGCCAGUCAGCAUCAUUGGGGCUGAGGACGAGGAUUUUGAGAACGAGCUGGAGACGAACACAGAGGAACAAAACAGCCAGUUCCAGAGUCUGGAGCAGGUGAAGCGGCGGCCUGCCCACCUCAUGGCGCUCUUGCAGCACGUGGCCCUGCAGUUUGAACCUGGACCCCUGCUCUGCUGCCUGCACGCGGACAUGCUGGCUUCUCUGGGCCCCAAGGAGGCCAAGAAGGCCUUCCUCGACUUCUACCAUAGCUUCCUGGACAAGACCGCGGUCUUGCGGGUGCCGGUCCCUCCCACUGUCGCCUUUGAACUUGACCGCACGCGGCCCGACCUCCUCCCUGAGGACGUCCAGCGGCAGUUUGUGCAGGAGGUGGUGCAGAGCCAGCAGGCAGCCGUCAGCCGGCUGCUGGAGGACUUCCGCUCCAAGCGGCUCAUGGGCAUGACGCCCUGGGAGCACGACCUGACCCAGCUGGAGGCCUGGGUUGGGCGGGACCGUGCCAGCUUCGAGGCCCGGGAGCGGCACCUGGCCGAGCGGCUGCUGACCCACCUAGAGGAGAUGCAACCCACCAUCUCUACCGAUGAGGAAAAGAGUGCCGCUGUGGUCAACGCCAUCAGCCUGUACAUGCGUCACCUUGGGGUGCGGACCAAGAGCGGAGACAAGAAGUCGGGGAGGAAUUUCUUCCGAAAAAAGAUGAUGGGGAAUCGGCGGUCAGAUGAGCCAACCAAGACCAAGAAAGGCCUGAGCAUCUUCCUGGACGCCGCCCGCUGGAACCGGGGAGAGCCUCAGGCCCCCGAUUUCCGACACCUCAAAGUCGAGGCUGAUGCUGAGAAGCCAGGCCUUACGGAAAGGAGGGGAGGCCUGGGGGUGCCCUCCCGGGACCGGAAUGUUGGGGCUCCUGGGCAGGAUGUCCCUGGAGUUUCUUUGCACCCUCUGUCUGGAGACAGUCCCGACAAGGAACCAGGUGUUGAUGCCCCACCAGAGCUGGGGGACGCGCCCCCGCAGGGCCCGGCCAGCCUGGAGCCCCUGGCGCCCCCGGAGAGCACUGAGGAGGGCGCUGACACAGAGAGAAGGUGGAAGAGGCUAUCGGGGCGUCUGGGGCGCUCGGAGAGCCUGCGGGUGAGUGACCGCCGCCGGCCUUCCCGGGGCAGCCUCGGGGCUAAGGGCCGGGGUGGGGGCCGCUCCCGGAGUGACGUGGACAUGGACCCCAGCUCUGCCACGGCCGUGCUUGGCCCUGCCCGACGAGCCACCCCUGAGCCCGGAGAUGAAGGGGACCCAGGACGGUCAGGACUAGAGCUGGAACCAGAAGAGCCCCCUGGCUGGCGGGAGCUCGUUCCCCUUGGCACCCUGCACAGCCUGCCCAAGAACCAGGUGAAGCGGCAGGAGGUCAUCAGCGAGCUGCUGGUGACAGAGGCCGCCCACGUGCGCAUGCUCCGGGUGCUGCAUGACCUCUUCUACCAGCCCAUGGCGGAAGGGGGCUUCUUUUCCCUGGAGGAGCUACAGAACAUCUUCCCCAGCCUGGACGAGCUCAUCGAGGUGCAUUCCCUGUUCCUUGAUCGGCUGAUGAAGCGGAGGCAGGAUAGUGGCGACCUCAUUGAGGAGAUCGGAGAUGUGCUGCUGGCCCGGUUUGAUGAUGCCGAAGGCAACUGGUUCCAGAAAAUCUCCUCCCGCUUCUGCAGCCGCCAGUCAUUUGCCUUAGAGCAGCUCAAAGCCAAGCAGCGCAAGGAGCCUCGGUUCUGUGCCUUUGUGCAGGAGGCCGAGAGCCGCCCACGGUGCCGCCGCCUGCAGCUGAAAGAUAUGAUCCCCACGGAGAUGCAGCGUCUGACCAAGUACCCCCUGCUCCUGCAGAGCAUUGGGCAGAACACAGAAGAGCCGGCGGAACGGGAGAAAGUGGAACGGGCAGCUGAGUGCUGCCGGGAAAUUCUGCACCAUGUUAACCAAGCUGUGCGCGACAUGGAGGACCUGCUGCGGCUCAAGGAUUAUCAGAAGCGCCUGGACUUGUCCCACCUGCGGCAGAGCAGUGACCCCAUGCUGAGCGAGUUCAAGAACCUGGACAUCACCAAGAAGAAGCUGGUGCACGAGGGCCCGCUGACGUGGCGGGUGACGAGGGACAAGGCUAUAGAGGUCCACGUGCUGCUGCUGGACGACCUGCUGCUGCUACUCCAGCGCCAGGACGAACGGCUGCUGCUCAAGUCCCACAGCCGGACGCUGACGCCCACACCCGACGGCAAGACCAUGCUGCGGCCCGUGCUGCGGCUCACCUCCGCCAUCACCCGCGAGGUGGCCACCGAUCACAAAGCCUUCUAUGUCCUUUUCACGUGGGACCAGGAGGCCCAGAUAUACGAACUGGUGGCCCAGACCGUGUCAGAACGGAAGAACUGGUGUUCCCUCAUCACCGAGACUGCUGGAUCCUUGAAGGUCCCCGCUCCUGCCUCUCGCCCCAAAUCCCGGCCCAGCCCAAGCAGCACCCGAGAACCCCUGCUCAGCAGCUCGGAGAACGGCAACGGUGCUGGCCGAGAGAUGCCCCCAGUGGACAGCCGGACAGAGAGAAUCCUCAGCACCCUCCUGCCCUACUGCAGGCCCGGCCCCGAGGGCCAGCUCGCGGCCAAGGCCCUUGAGAAAGUGCGGUCCCUGAAGCAAUUCCUGUUUCCCUCGGAGGAAGACAGUGGGGCGGGGCCUCCCCGUGAAGGGGAUGGGGUCCCAGGGGGCGGCUCCCAGAGCCCGACCCAGACCCAGGAGAUUCGGGAGAAGCUGCUCAGCCUGGAGGAGACCAUGAAGCAGCUGGAGGAGGUGGAGGAAGAAUUUUGUCGCCUGCGACUCCUCCUGUCUCAGCUUGGGGAGAACAGCGCCCCCCAGCCUGGCUGUACCUGAGGCCCCCUGCCCCAGGCAGGCCUUUCGCAAGACUGAGGGCUACCCACCACCGCACAGCUGCCGCAGCAUCUCCAACCCCAAGGGCCUGAGGAGAGGGAGC